ACUCUCUCUCGACCUUCCUCUUCUCUCUCCCUCUCUCCCUCUCUCCCUCUCGCGUCUUCUGAUCGGAGCUCCUUCAUAUUUCUCACUCGCCGCUGUUCCUCAGAUGGCCUUUUCCCCAUUUCUCUCCGCCGCUUCACAUUCCUCCGCCGACAUCGCAGGCGUUGAUUUUGAUCACUGGUUGCCCGAUUCUUCCAUUAAGCUUUGGAAUUCUGAAUUUUCCGACAGUUGUGGCGACGGUUCACCGCCUUCUCCUCCGGAACCCCUAAAAAUCCAUCCAUCAACUAACAACUUUUUAUUACAUCAAUCUUUUCCCCUCCUUAAUCAUGAUUCUCUUCAGUCCAAUAAUGAUUCAUUUCUUCAACGCACUUUUUCUUCCUCGUUGUCGCCACCGCCUUCUGCCGCCAUCGAUCCUCCUAUCAACCGGCCGCUCUUCCCCGCCGGCGAUUUUCAGCAGAAGAAGAAUAAUAAUGAAAGAGGAGAUGAGAGUCCAGUUUCAUGCGAAAGUAGCAUCACCAUUAUUGAAGGGAUGAGCAGAGCUUGUAGGUACAGUCCUGAAGAGAAGAAGGAAAGAAUUGAAAGAUAUAGAACCAAAAGAAACCAAAGGAACUUCAACAAGAAGAUUAAGUAUGCUUGUAGGAAGUCAUUGGCAGAUAGUCGACCACGGAUUAGAGGACGAUUUGCGAGGUACAACGACGAGGUAGUGAAGAAUUAUCCAGUGCAAUGGAGUCACCAACGAGAGGAAGAACAACAACGAGAAGCAAAUAGUUGCGGAGAUAAUUGGAUCAAGUAUUUCAUUGAUACAUAUUCCGCGAACCUUAUUCCAUGAAUCUCACACAACAACUAAACUAAUAAUGUAGUUGUAGUCUAGUGUCAUUCGGCUUCUUCCAUUUUGACCUACCUUUCAAUUACGUGAGAAAUUUAUAUCUAUUUGCUUUAGCUAAUUUUUCUCUUAUAUAUAUAUAUAAUUAUAGUGAUGUCAUUUGGGUAUUGAAGGGUAUUUUACGUAAUGGUUAGGUACAACUUAAGUUGCACCUAAUCUUAUACUUUGAUCUUCAUCUUGGUUAAAUACAAAUAAAUUUCUUAGAAAAAGAACACUAAGAGUAUUAUAUAAUGUAAUUAAAUUUGAUUUUAUCAAAUAGCUUAAGAA